AUGUUGCUAAGGAGAGGUGUCAAAACUGUCGCUGUCCAGGAUAAGAGAGUUUCACUCGACCGAGACAACCACAUCAGAAAGGUCCAGGAAAGAAUUGAGAAAAUACCCAUCGAAAACUACAGAAACUUCAGCAUUGUUGCCCAUGUGGAUCAUGGAAAGUCCACCCUUUCCGACAGACUCUUGGAGCUCACAGGUGUCAUCCAACCAGGUGAUGCCAACAAACAGGUUCUAGAUAAGUUAGAUGUGGAGAGAGAACGAGGCAUCACCGUGAAAGCGCAAACUUGUACUAUGUUUUACCAGGAUCCAAAGACGAAAGAGGAUUACCUUCUUCACUUGGUGGACACUCCUGGCCACGUGGACUUCCGUGCAGAAGUUUCUCGUUCAUAUGCUUCCUGUGGAGGUGCUCUACUUUUGGUGGAUGCUUCACAAGGUGUUCAGGCGCAGACUGUGGCCAAUUUUUACCUCGCAUACAGCAUGGGGCUCAAGUUAAUUCCAAUCAUCAAUAAAAUUGACUUGGAUGCUGCAGAUAUCCCACGGGCUAUGGAUCAAGUGGAGUCCACAUUCGAAUUGGACAGAGAGGAUUGUAUUCCUGUCAGUGCUAAGACUGGAUUGAAUGUAGAGAACAUUAUACCCAAGAUCAUAAGUAAUAUCCCUGCGCCACAGGGCGACCUCAACAAGCCGUUGAAAGCGUUGCUCGUAGACUCGUGGCAUGAUCCAUACGUUGGAGUGGUGAUGCUUGUGUUUGUCGUUGAUGGAAAAAUCAAGAAGGGUAUGAAAUUACUUUCAGCACACACAAACAAGAAAUAUGACGUGAAAGAGGUUGGGGUUAUGUAUCCAGAUAAAACGCCCAUGGAUCAAGUCAGAGCAGGUCAAGUUGCAUACAUUAUUCCUGGCAUGAGAAAUCCCAGGGAGGCCAUGAUUGGAGAUACUUUCUUCCAGAGUGGUCACCACGAGGGCUUGGAAGCCCUUCCUGGAUUUGAGGAGCCCAAGCCCAUGGUGUUUGUGGGAGCUUUCCCUGCCGAUGGUGGAGAGUUCAAAGUGAUGAAUGAUCAUAUGGAGAAUUUGGUUCUCAAUGACCGUUCAGUCACUUUGGAAAAGGAAACAUCCAGUGCGUUGGGAUUAGGAUGGAGAUUGGGAUUCUUGGGCUCUUUGCAUGCUUCAGUGUUUAAAGAACGUUUGGAAAAAGAGUAUGGCGCCAAGAUCAUCUUGACGGCCCCAACCGUCCCAUAUAAAAUUGUUUACAAGGAUGGAACAGAGAAAGUCAUCACAAACCCAGACGAGUUUCCAGGAGCUGACCAGAGAUCUCAUAAUAUUCUUCAAUUGAUGGAGCCGUACGUGAAUGCUAUCAUGACGAUUCCAGAAGAGUACGUGGGAGUUGUAAUGACACUUUGUGAGGCCAACAGAGGCAUCCAGACCGAAUUGGAGUAUCUCAAUACUGGCCAGGUGCUAUUGAAGUACGAGCUUCCCUUGGCUCAAUUGGUGGAAGAUUUCUUUGGCAAAUUAAAGGGCUCUACGAAAGGUUAUGCAUCCUUGGACUACGAGGACUCAGGCUACAAGAAAUCUGACAUUGUGAAGAUGGAGCUAUGUGUGAGUGGGGAAGCACAGGAUGCAUUGUCCCAAGUUAUGCAUCGGUCUCAGGUCCAGUCGAGAGGUAAAGAGUAUGUGACCAGGUUCAGAGAGUAUCUCAAGUCACAGCUUUUUGAAGUGGCCAUUCAGGCCAAAGUCAACAAUAAGGUGAUUGCUAGAGAAACCAUCAAAGCGAAAAGAAAGGAUGUGACCCAACGGUUGCACGCAGCCGAUAUUUCUAGAAGGAAGAAGUUGUUGGAGAGACAGAAGGAGGGAAAGAAGCAAAUGAAGGCGUCUGGACGAAUCCAUAUCAACCAUGAAGCAUACCAAGCAUUCUUACGUCGUUCUGAUUAA